AUGAUUUUUUUUUCUGGUGAUGUCAAGUUUGUUGCAGAACAUUGCAACCGGUUUUUUCCAACCAUAAUUUUAAUUAGUUGUCUCAUAGCUGCUGUCAGCGCUGGCAGUGUCCAACUGCAGACCUCUGCACCAGCUGUAGGCCCUUCUCCGCAGAUCCAAAUCACCGCUACACCUACCAUUCAAUAUUCUACUCAGCUCCCUCAUCAAGGAGCUGUGAUUAUUCAACAAGCACCAUCGUUACUGCAAAAUGCCGCUCUAAUUCUUUCACAAGCUGCUCCAAUUUUACAAGCACCACAUUUGAUCCAUCAAGCACCACAAUUGGUUCAGCAAGCAGCGCCAUACAUUCAACAAGCUGCGCCAUACAUCCAACAACCUGCGCCAUACAUCCAGCAAGCUGCACCAAUAUUUCAUCAGGCAGCGCCAGUUCUUCAACAACACAAUCCAUUUCUGCAAUAUGCAGUACGAAUAGCUGUUCCAACGGCUCAGUAUGCUCAAAACCCCGCACCUCCACAGCCUGCAAUUCAAUAUGCACCGCAGGAAGUGCAAAUAUCUGAAAAACAAAAUCAACAAGAAUCGCCUGUACCUCUUCUUCAAUAUUCUACUACACCACAAGCGCCAACUCCAUUUCAAAUAUCUCGUAAUUCUAUACAGAUUGUAGCUAAAGGAGUUCCACAAUUUACACCUUCAUUUCAAUAUGCCGAACAAGACAAUGCUGCCCCUGCUGAAUAUUCAGAUAAUGUUGACCAAUACAAUGAAGUUCCUCAAGAAACGUUAGCACCUAUAGUUGCAGCUCCAGAAGCUCCAGCUCCUGUAAACUAUGCCCCAGUUGUUAAAGCAGCUAAAGUGACUAAGGUUAAAAAACCCGAUCAUUUCGACCACAAUCCUGAGUAUAGCUAUGGAUAUGACAUUGAGGACGGACAAACAGGAGAUAGUAAGAGACAGAGUGAGCAAAGGCAAGGAGAUGUGGUUCAAGGUAGUUAUUCUGUAGUGGAUCCAGAUGGUCACAGAAGAACAGUAGACUACACUGCGGAUCCAAUUCAUGGGUUUAGCGCAGUUGUUCGAAGGGAACCGGUUAAUAUUAAAAAUUCGAGACCUGUGAGACGAAAAACAAUUAGAGACCUGCCGACCUGGUGGUCACCUCUACCUUGUAAGGAUGCCAUGAAUACUGAAAAUCGGGAAGUAUUACAGACUAUUACAACAUGCGAUAACGUAGUAAUCAAAAAAAGGGAAAGAAGUAACGAAAUGGGUUCAUUAAGCAGAGAAGAACGUAGGAGAAGGCGAAGAGCCACCCAAAAAUAUCGAACUGCUCACGCCACAAGAGAGCGAAUUAGGGUAGAAGCAUUUAACGUUGCUUUUGCAGAAUUAAGAAAACUGUUACCUACAUUACCUCCAGAUAAAAAAUUGUCAAAAAUAGAAAUUUUAAGACUCGCAAUUUGUUAUAUAGCAUAUCUUAAUCACGUCCUGGAUGUAUAA